CUAAACGAAAGGCACGUUUUAAGUCGUCUGCUGAUGUUGACGAUUGAAAAUUGAAUUGUAGUUGAGAAAAAUUUCCAGCAUCAAAAUUGAUGCAUCGUUUUCUACUUGUUGGAUAUAUUUUGAAUCGUUAAGUUUCUCUAGUUCUUGAGCAUGUCAGCCUUGUUUGUUCGUGUACCCUUGACGGCCUUCCGAGUAAAUCUUCAUCGAGUGUACCUCCCACGUCAACAAAAAUGCGCUAACCAAUGGAUGUCCUCGUCCUGGCGGCCCGGAGAUGUUCGAUGCAUAAAUGUCAUGUGCUAUUCAACAGGACCACUAACGAGGUCGAUCUUCAGGCGAAGCGUGUCAUCAUCGUCGACUGGCGAAUCAGGCGAUGUCAAAACAACGAUCGCUGCCACAGCGGCAACCACUGCCGCAUUCAAAGGGGCCAAGAAUUCUCGCUGGAGACGUUUCAUCGUCAAACCUUUCGUCUACGUCCAGUUCUUCUUCGGCAUUGGAUUGCUGGCCCUCGCCUUUCAACAAUUCCGGAGAAAAAAUGCCCACCCAGACCAAUCGCCAGAACUUAUCGCCAAGGAUUGGGAGGUGCUUUAUUAUCGUAUCAUCCCCUUCCGGGCCAUAUCGCGCGCUUGGGGUUGGUUAACCAACCGUCAUUUACCGGUUUGGGCGCGACAACCGAUUCUGGGUCUUUACGCACGAACGUUUAACUGCAACCUGGAGGAAGCGCUCGAUGGUAAUCUGGAAAAUUAUUCAUGUUUGGCCGAAUUCUUUCGAAGGAAACUCAAAAGCGGAGUUAGACCGAUCGAACCGGCCAGCUCGGUGGUUGCCCCAUCGGAUGGCACGGUGCUCAACUUUGGUCGUGUCACGGCCGGCAUGAUGGAACAGGUCAAGGGCGUGAGCUACUCGUUGGGUGAGUUUCUCGGUCCAGCAUACUGGCGAAAUGGACCUGAAGUCCAACCCGCCGGCCAGACUGAGUUGGAAUACGAAAAAUCACUUCUCGUCAACAAAGACAACGACUUGUUCCAUUGCGUUAUCUACCUAGCUCCAGGAGACUAUCACUGCUUCCAUUCGCCGGUGGAUUGGACAGUCAAUUUUAGACGACACUUUCCAGGAGCGUUGCUCAGCGUCAAUCCGAGCAUCGCCAAAUGGGUGGCCGGAUUAUUCAGCCUCAACGAGCGGGCGGUGUACGUCGGGCGAUGGGCCCACGGCUUCUUCUCUAUGACGCCGGUUGGCGCCACUAACGUUGGCUCCAUCCGAGUCUACGCCGACGAGAAGCUGAGAACCAACUGCACAAAGUGGGCCCUGCCCUUGCCUUACUACGACCGCUACAUGUGCCCAGAAGAUUCGGAUGAAAUCCCGCUCAAAAAAGGCGAAAUUUUCGGCGAAUUCAAUCUCGGGUCCACCAUCGUUCUCAUUUUCGAAGCGCCAAAAGAUUUCGAGUUCAAAAUCCGACCGGGGGAAAAGAUUCGAAUGGGCCAGUCACUCCACUUUACCCAUUCCGCCACGGAAGCAUCAGACUAGUAUAGAAAGGGGGAAAACAAAUUUGUUUAUUUUACCGAGAAGCUUUUGAUAUAAUUUUCUGUUGACAGUUACGUGUUGUUGAUUGUUGAUUGAAAAAAAAUGGAGG